UCCAGACGUGUUCCAUUCUGAACCCUCGCAGUGCCGACAACCUCAAGCAGGUGGCACGAUCGCUGAGAUCAGCCACAACCUGGGUGUGUGCUACAUGUACCUGAAACAUUUCAACAAGGCACAAGACCAGCUAAACAAUGCCCUGGAGCUCAACAGACAUGACCUGACUUACAUGAUGCUGGGGAAAAUUCACCUAUUGGAAGGGGAGACUGAUAAAGCCCUUGAAGUCUAUAAGAAAGCAGUAGAAUUUUCUCCAGAAAACACAGAGCUCCUUACAGCUUUGGGGUUACUUUACUUGCAGCUUGGGGAUUACCAGAAGGCUUUUGAACACCUUGGAAACGCACUUACUUAUGACCCCACCAACUACAAGGCUACCUUGGCAGCAGGCAGCAUGAUGCAGACCCACGGAGAUUUUGAUGUUGCCCUCGCCAAAUACAGAGUGGUAGCCAGCGCUGCGCCUGAAAGCCCCCCACUGUGGAACAACAUUGGAAUGUGCUUCUUUGGCAAGAAGAAAUAUGUAGCAGCUAUCAGUUGCCUGAAGCGAGCAAACUACUUGGCUCCCUUUGACUGGAAGAUUCUGUACAAUUUGGGGUUAGUCCACCUCACGAUGCAGCAGUACGCGUCUGCUUUCCACUUCCUCAGUGCUGCCAUCAACUUCCAGCCCAAGAUGGGAGAGCUCUAUAUGCUCCUGGCAGUUGCUCUGACAAACCUUGAAGACAUUGAGAACGCAAAACGUUCCUAUGAGCAAGCUGUGGCACUGGACAAGUGCAAUCCCCUCGUCAACCUGAACUAUGCUGUCCUGCUCUACAACCAGGGGGACAAGAAGGCAGCCCUCUGCCAGUACCAGGAGAUGGAGAAGAAGGUCAAUGCACUGAAGGAGAGCAGUACUCUUGACUUUGACCCUGAGAUGGUGGAUGUGGCCCAGAAGAUGGGAGCUGCCCUGCAGGUCGGGGAGAGCCUGGUCUGGACUAGGCCUGCUAAAGAGUCUAAAUCAAAGCAGCGAGCUGCUCCGUCAGGGAAAUCCUCCAGCGUUCAGCAACCUUUGGGCUCUAACCAGGCCCUGGGUCAAGCCAUGUCCUCAGCUGCUGGCUAUGGGAAAAGCAUGCAACUUCCUCCAGGUGCCGGAGCAUCAGCUUCCCUUGCCAAGCCUCCCUCACUGCCUCUGGAACCAGAACCAGGCUCGGAAACAGGCCCCGAGGAGAGCACAGCUCCAACAGAAGCUGAGGAACGAAGGAAGGAGAAACGCAAGAGCAAGCAGGCGGCGGACUAGAAAGGACUGUGGCCAGAAUAGGCAGGCAUGUCUCUAGUGCUGCCUGCUGAUUUGCAGGAAAAGGCACUUGCCUCCCCCACCCCAACCCGUGAUGGCUUCACCCCCGCUGUCAGUUUAGUCUAAACACAGCUGUUUGCUGAUAGUGAUUUUAGCACAUGGUUUCUGCCUUGUCCCAAGGAGUCUUUGCAGCAAUCAGAAGAAGUUCCUACAUAGCUACAGUUACUGUGGUUGCACCUCACCAGAAGGGACUGGAGGGUGGAGAUCCUUCACUCCGCCAGGGCUGGCUGUCUUCAGUGUUCAGGUGUCAGUUCUCCAGAAGGAUGCUGAGGGCAUACAGUAUAUUUAGAAAAAGCCAACAGCAGUGACUUAGCACCUUGGAAAAAGGACAACGCAAAGAGGGAUCAAACCCUUCCAGUGGCUAAACUUUGUCAGCAGCUGGGGAAGCUCUCCACAAGCUGUAGUAAGGUCAGUGAUACAGUGAAGGAUACACUUGGAGAGGGGGAGAAGCUAGAACACCUCACCAGGGCAAGUGCAGAGUGGUAAGCCAGGCCUGGCACUAGCACAGCCUGACUCCUGGGAUUGAUAAGCUUUUUAUUCAGAGUUUCACAAGGGCAAGACUUUAUAAAUGCUUUCCCAAAGGAAAAGAAGGGAGAUUGUUCAGGUGGGAGCUGGAACAGGUGGGAGCUGUUACUCCUUACCAUGGCCUCCCCUAGCAGGGUAGUGUCAUGGCUGCAAAGUAAGAGAGGUGCUUUUAGAGUGCACGUUUUCUUUUUGGGUGGUUGUUGUGAAACAUGGUGGAACUAGAUAGCAAAAGUGAGCUGUUCUGCCCUGAGACAAUCAGGCCAUUAACGUACAACCUGGUGCAGUAUGGAUGGUCAAAGCAGACCUGCUGCACCAGCAGUAUCGAUGCCCUUGUGCACUUUCUGUUUUAAUGGCACACAUGUUGGCCAGCUAGUGACGCUGGACUCUGUUGCUGCUAAAUACUUCUAUCUGUUUCCACAGGAAAGUUAAAACUGCAAUUUUUUUAAGGGAGGAGCAUACUAUAAGGUCUUCUCCCUUUUCCCCUCCAGUCCUGAGGCAGUUAAGUUUACUUUCUACAAAGAACUAAUAGUAUCUGUUAGGCUUAGCAAGUCCCAGACCACUCUGGAGCAGGCUGAGCCAGCUUCUUUAGGACUGUUCACCUUCCGAUCCCAGGAUCAUCAGUCUUUCUAUUUCUUGAAUCCAACUGAAAAAGCUGUUUUUAAGUGUAAGUUUGUGUGGGAGCUAGUAAUGGCCAAAGAAAGUUGCAGAGCUAGCCUAUGGUAAGGCAGGUGCUCAAAGGUCGGCUAUUCUGAAAACAGGCUAGCUGCAGCAGCACAGAAGUCCGCCACAGCCAAAUUCCUAAUUGUUUGCUGAGGGACAGGGUAAAUGAGCCUCAACUAAGCUCAGUGCUCAUGCAAUUAAAGUCCUUCAUUUAGAAUUAGUAUUGCACAGUGGGAAAGAGAUUUUGCUCGAGACAAAAGUGCAAGCCUUUUCAGAAGAGAAGAUAUGGUCAGCUUCAACACUAAUUUUAAAAUGUUUUAGUAUGACAACAGGCACACUCUGAAUAAUUUAGUUAUGCCCUCCUUACAGUAGCUUUUCAGGAGAAAUAAUUUAUGCUAGCUGCAAGAAGGCAAAGCAUCCCAUUGCUGAGUGAAGAAGGGAAUUUUAAUGCCUAUUUUGUUUUGAAGAUGUUUUGAAAAUGUUUUUAUACUGGAACAGAAAAAUCUAGCUUUCCUUCCUCUGCUGCUACCAUUUUGCUUCUUCUGGGCCUUGUCUAGAGCUUGAUAUAGGUCUUCAAAACAAUGGCUUUUGGGCACCAAAUAGGGCAGGACCAUCCUCCUUUACAUAGAGCCAGUAACUGGGUUAAGUGUAGUUUCUCUCUUCCUCUUCUCUGUGCACAGAGAGAAAAAGUUAACGUUGCUAUAGGAACUUUUGAUCUGAGUUUCCCAAACAGAGCACGUAGCACUUCCCCCACUGAAGCUGAAGCUUUGAGCUCAAAAUAUUCACCAAUUAGGCUACUGACUUUUUUAAAAAUAUAUAUAUUUCCUGCUUUUAGUGCUGCACUGUUGCGUUGUAUCACUCCAUAAUUAACAUGUGCAACACAGCAACGUUAGUAAUGGGGGAAUCCUUUCUGCAGUAACAAUGUAACAGCUCUGUGACCAAGGCUCUGGAUACAUUUAACAUAUCUCGGUUGUGCUGUCUGGUUAGCAGCUAUUCUCCAGAAUGCCAUUAACGCAUCUUUAGAGUGCAACCAGGAACCAAAGUGCUCUCCUGCUCCCUGGAGAGCUCUAAACGAGUAGGAACCCUUCGCUUUCCCCUCUGUUUUGAUCGGCAAAACUGCCUGCUAAUCUCAAGUAUGGCUUUUUUCAGUGUGUCCUCUACUGCUUGGUUUUGCAGUGGUACAGCCUCCCACUUGCACUCCUGUAAGGCUCCCCUUAUGCUAGGAACUGAAGAAAACAGUACUACUUUUGUGAAGCGCUGGCAAACUUAAACAAACCAGACAAGAAGUAGCAUAAGUUAGGUACAGUGCAGCUAUUUUAUUCACAUUACAUUUUUUACACUGAAGGUUACUGCAGCAUAAUGGGGUGCCUGUGAAGAAGAGGUUAAGAAUGCAGAGCAACGGGAGGAAGGGACUACUUUUUACUCUACCUCACCUCCAAAACUUUAGUUCAAGACAAGUUUUCCUAUAACAAUUGCUUGUUAUAGUCUUAGUCUUACUGUAAAAGUUCUCAAGCUGUGGAAGUUCCAAUGCAAAGAAUGGUGACCAGAACAGAGUGAUUACAUUUAAGUGAGCACCAGCAUUGCUGAUAUAGGAAGGCUGAGUUUUCUGUCUGUCUGCUUCUCACCUUUUGUUUUGCUUUUAAUGCUUAAAUUAUCCUUUUUACAACAAGCAGAAGGCAGGGGAAAGCAACUGAACGACUGUAGCAUUAUGAAACCAGUUUGCUAUCUUCAGUGCAUGGGGGCAGCCCUUGUCCCACAGGGGGCUGUAGGAGCCUGGUCAGCUUCGAAAGCACCUUUGUUUUCAAUGUACAGCACACCAGAGCCACAAGAACAGCCAAAGAGCUAACUGUCUUCUCUCACCUAGACCCACUCUUAGCAACCUAUUAGCUUCUUGGCUGCUAAGACCCUUUUAUAGGUAAGUGUACCAUGAGGUAUACUACAGUUGCGGGUACUGUAAAGGUAUUUAAAACAUACCUCUUAAUGAAAAGCUUAGGCAGAUGAUUAAUACAAAGUUUCCUUCCAUGAACAGAAGCAGUAGCAUCUUGUUACUUUCUGGAUCUGACCAGAAGGGAGCUUCAUGUCUAAGGAAGCAUUUUUAAGUACGUAAUUACAACUGGAUGAUGAACAGAACUGAAAUUCCUUGGCCCAUGUCCUGUCCUCCCCCUGGGUAUUCUGAUGAUGGCAUUUGCAUACAGUAAAUUCACAAUAGUUACAGUCUAGUACUAACUGUAUAGAGAGCUUCUACGCUAACUAAUGAUGAGAAUGAGGCUGGACUGUUUUUUCAACUGAAAUUAAGCAAGGGAUUUUUCAGCAGUACUGUGCUAAGUCAUUUAGGGAUUUUGGAAAUCAUUCCUUAUGCUGCAAAACCUGCUUCUGGCAUCAGCCAUAAUUCUAAUUUUCUUUUUCCCCUCCGUAAUUGAAAAUUUAAGAUGGAAAAGAAUAAUGAGCUUAAUUUCUAGGGAAGGUAGGAACCAUCUGCUUUAGGAUUUUUUUUUGCUUUCUGGAAAAAGUAGACAUGAUAACCCAGGUUCAGUCAUACUGCUUAUGGCAUAGACUGCAGUUUUUUAUUUCCUCAUAGGGAAGGGACUAUAAGACUCAAAAAGCAAAGAUCAGGCAGCAAGGCCUUGUUUCAGCCAAAAAGUUACCUACCGAAUGAUUCAUCCAGCAAUUUGUAUUAAAACAGACAACUCUAGUUUUGAAGACUCUGAGACAACAGGAUCCUGAUUUGUUAUGGGCAACAUUACUGUAUGCUUGCUCUGUUCCUGUGCUCUAUCGUGUUUGCCCAAUGUGGCCACCGACAGACAGAAAAUGGGGCAAGUUCUUAUGGCGUUCAGUUCUUAUGUUAGACAUUCAAAAUUCCCACUUCCCCAUUGGGAAGUGGGUUUCAGUUGGCAAAGCCUUUUCUUUAGAGACAGUUAAACCUCAGAGCUGAAUGAAGAGAAAAACUUUACUAAAAUAAUAAGCUCUCCAUGUAAAUGCAUACAAAAAAAAAAAACACAAACAAAACAUAUAGUAAGUAAGUAUGUACUUCAUCUGCCAAGACUAUUUUAUAUAAUAGAAAACAUAGUUCUGCCACAAGGAAAGCUUUACUACUCCCUCAAAACAAAUCAGCAUUUUCUUCAGUUGCUCUUGAUGAAAAAUUCAGGUGAGAUUUGAACCCAGUUUUAUCCGGUCUGUGCUGCCUAAGGAGCAGCUUUCCUGAGAAAUUCUUAGGGGAGACUUUUCUCCCUGCCUGCCUUUUAAUGAGCUCAUUCACCCUUAGCUGCCAGUGUUUGUGUUCUUCAGUUGCCACAAGCUCUUCUCUGUGCCGGCUGAUACCAGGUUCGGUUUUCACAUCCACAGCAAGCUGUUUGGAGCAUAUGCCUUUCUGAGUUUCUGGCACAGAAGGCAAUGGCUGUGCAUGCUGUUUCCAACCUGCAUUUGCUCCCUUUGAGGGAACCUCAAGUCUUCCAAACAGUGAAACAUCCUACAGCAAGAGUUUGGAUCAAUUAACUCCCUGAGAAUUCAGUUACAGUUGGGGCUUAGGAUCCACCUGAGAUAUUAUGCAAGAAACUCUUCCAUUUGUUAUGGAAGGGAACUUAAUCUGACAUCUCUGAACAGACAUGAGAACAAUCAUUCCUGAGAUGCAUGGAGGCUAAGGUAAAGUUUGACUGAAGGGCUGAAUCAGAUUCAGCAUUGCUGGAGCAGAAAGCAGACAGGAACAAGGCCUGAGAGCAGUCCAAGGGCUAGUCUAGGCAAAGGAACGCUUGUUCUGCCUUGUAUCACUCAGGAGUUUUAAAAAAUCAAGAACAAAGAUAAGCUUUAAUAUUCCCAUUCCUCUCUUUAGUGAGCUCACUAGUGCUUGAACAAGGAACGUGAGACUAAAUCUUUGUCGUGGCUUCUGUUUUAGCUAGCUGACGGGACCUACUUUGCUGUGAGCUUCAUUCACUACAAUGGACUACGGAAGCAGUGGGUUGUUCUGUGGAAAGCCCCUUUCCCUGCUCAAACCGUUGUUCUUGCUAGAAGCUACUUAGAACAGAAUCCAAAGUUGAAGUACAGGUAGUGCAUGUUUCAUGGUGAAUGCAGUGCUAACAACACUGUAUUGCAUUGCCCAGCAAGUCUAUAGACAUGUAAUUUUUUUCUUUAAAUGCAAAACUACCACUUUGGUAUGAUCCUGGUUUUAAAACUUAACUGUGUGCUUUCACCAAAACAUCAAUUGUACCAGAGAACAGUACAGUUAACAUGGCUUGAAAGAAACACUUAUGUUCAAACAUGGGUUUAAGUCAGGAUGUAUGUAUGUGAACAAUCCAACUGAAGCUAUUAAAAAAAGCCACACACCUCUCUUU